CAUCUUGGGGAAGUUAAGCUAAAGGACACAUAUAUACACUAAAGUACAGGAGAGGAAACACUUUGGUACCAAUAUUCAAGAAUAAGGGGUGCAUUCAAGAAUGUAAGAAUUAUAUGGGCCUGAAAUCUCCUACUAUGAAAAUGUGCAAACGUGUCAUAGACAAGAGAUUGAGAGAAGUGGUCACCAUCUCAUAUGAAGUUUGGUUUCAUGGCUGGCAAAAGUAUCACAGAGGCAAUAUUCUCCUUGAGACAAUUGAUAGAGACACAGAGAGAAGAUGAGAUUAGAAGAGAAGCACCCUGGAAGAUGAUGUUCACGGAUGAUACGUUGAUCUGCGCAUCUAGAAAAUUGGACGAAAGCCCUCGGGUGAGCUGGGAAAAGACUGAAUAUCUUUGUGCAGAAGGAGGGACUGUGGAACCAAGAUAUAUGCUGGGAGAGGUGCUGCCACGAGCCCAGGAGUUCAAAUACAUGAGGCUCAACAGUACAGGAAGACGGUGGAGCAGAAAGAGUGACAAAAAGGAUGUCAAUGACUGGAGCAGUUAAAAAAACAUAACUAGGGUAUUCUGUGACAAGAAGCUUCCAGCAAAGGUGAAGGAAAAGUGUUAAAACCAGUUGUAAGGCCUCCUAUGCUCUAUGGUCUUGAGACAGUUACCCAAACGAAAGGAGUAGUACAAAAAGGCUAAACGUACCUGAGGUGAUAAUGCUGCGAUGGGCCAAAGGGGUUUCAUUAUUAGACAGGGUAAAAAUGAAGAAGUGAGAAGGGACAUGAAAGCAGAAGAAUAUGGUUAUAGAUUACGUGAAGGAAGAUUGUGUUGGUAUGGUCAUGUGUAGAGAAGGAAUGAGCAGUAUAUGGGCAAAAGAAUGAUGAAUCUGAGGGUAGCAACAAAUGCAAGGGUGGACCG